AUGGAUCAUGAUACAAAACAAUACGAAAGUGAAAAAUAAGAAAACUAAUAAAGUUAUUCUUAAAAUUAAAUUGGCGUAGAUUAUUCAAUCAAAGAAUAAUAAUUGGAUAUAUUAGCUAUGAAUAAGUGUACUUAGUCAUUUAUCACUAUAAUAUUGAAUAUUAAUUACUUUUAGUAAUAUGAAUCAAAAAGCAAUGUGUAAAGAGUUAAAGCCAUCUUACUUUCUAAAAUAUAGGUAGAUAAAAUUAUUAAAGGAUUUGAAUAACCCUCAUAGACUUAGAUAGUUCUCUGA